AUGGAAAAGCUGCUUCUGAAGAAAGUGGAUUCUUCUGCAUCAGAGGAAUUGCAGAGGUGCGACCGGUCGGAAUUCUGGAGAAGGGUACCCUCUGUUUGGCAGUCGUCCCGAGCCCGUAAAGGGUUUGAGACCGCGGUCAGUAGACGUACUCGGAGCACCGCAGGUGCAACCCUGGGGGACGCCUCGGGGAGAUUAGAGGGCCAGGGACACCUGGUGGCCUCUCACCUGUUUUUUCGGCAAGCAGUAAAAGCUGUUGUUUUCCAGGACUCGCCUCAGGGACACCCGGAUCAGCAACCCUACAUUGCAGUUUGGCAGGAGUUGGUGGAGAAUCCACCACUCUGGGUGAAGCCCUGGGUGCAGAAGAAAAUGGGCCCUCAGGUCUUAGUUGCUCAGACCCAACCUCAGAGCAAGGGAAAAGAGACCACCAAAGUUCACCCAGACACUCAAGAUUUGCUUAUGGUUGAUGACCCCCCUCCCUACCCCCCUGCCCUUACGGCCCCCCCAGCCCCGGCACCCCCGACACCUCCAGUCCCUGGUGCCGAGGCAGUGGGGCUGGCUCUGGGACCUGACCAAGGAACUCGGCGCCACCGAGGGGCUAUCUUAGACCCUCCAGGAUUCAAGAAUUCGCCCACCUUCUUCGACGAGGCUCUACAUUGGGACUUGGCUUUUUACCGAGCCUCCAACCCACAGGUCCGCGAGUUUCUGGGGAUGGCAGGAUUUUGUAGACUGUGGAUACCCGGGUAUGCUACCCUAGCCACCCUCCUGUAUCCCCUAACCAAAGGGACAGUCCCAUUUGUUUGGGGAUCUGAACAACAGCAGGCCUUUGAUGAUAUUAAGAAGGCCCUCCUGUCGGCACCUGCCCUGGCGUUGCCGGACGUGACUAAGCCGUUUGUCCUCUUUGUGGAUGAACGAAGUGGGGUAGCUCAAGGGGUGCUGACCCAACAAUGGGGACCUUGGAAGAGAACUGUCACCUAUUUAUCAAAGAAGUUGGACCCAGUAAGUAGUGGAUGGCCUGCCUGUUUGAGAGUAGUGGCGGCCGUGGCCCUCUUAGUUAAAGAUUCUGACAAACUUACGUUGGGACAAAAACUUACUGUGGUUGCUCCCCAUGUGCUGGAGAGUGUAAUUCGGCAACCACCUGAAAGAUGGAUGUCGAACGCCAGAAUGACUCACUACCAAACCUUGCUCCUGAAUCACGACCAUGUGGAAUUCGCCCCGCCUGCCAUCCUAAACCCGGCUACCCUGCUCCCUGGCUCAGGGAAAGAAGUGCUUCACACCUGCCAGGAGAUCCUGGCUGAAGAGACAGGGACCCGUCGGGACUUACGAGAUCAGCCCCUAAAAGGAUCGGGACUCCUGACUUGGUACACAGACGGGAGCAGUUACAUCAUGGGAGGUAAGAGGAUGGCGGGGGCUGCAGUAGUAGAUGAUGACCGGAUCGUGUGGGCCAGCGGACUUCCAACGGGCACUUCCACACAGCGAGCAGAACUCUUUGCCCUGACUCAGGCUCUAAGGAUGGCUGAAGAUACCUUUUCAGGAUGGACAGAAGCGUUCCCUACCAAAACCGAGACAGCUCAGACGGUGUCCAAAAAGAUCCUUGAAGAGAUAUUUCCAAGGUUCGGGAUCCCAAAGGUAAUCGGCUCCGAUAAUGGUCCUGCCUUUGUUGCCCAGGUGAGUCAGGGAUUGGCCAAGAUCCUGGGGACAGAUUGGAAAUUGCAUUGUGCAUACAGGCCCCAGAGCUCAGGACAGGUAGAAAGAAUGAACAGAACUCUAAAAGAGACCUUGACUAAAUUAUCCAUAGAGACUGGUUUAUGUGAUUGGUUAGUCCUCCUUCCCUUCACCUUAUUUCAGGUCAGGAACACUCCCGGCCACUUUGGACUGACACCCUUUGAGAUAAUGUUUGGAGCCCCGGUUCCGCUCAAUUCGGCUCACCUCCAUACAUCCCCCGAAUGUGUAACUAAUAAGUUUCUGCUUGAAAGGUUACGGGCCCUGGAAGUCGUGCAGAAAAAAGUGUGGGCCUCCAUCAGGGAAGCCUAUCGACCAGAGGACCUCUCAGUACCUCACCAGUUCCAGGUGGGAGACUCUGUCUACGUGAGACGGCAUCGGACGGGGAACCUUGAGCCUCGGUGGAAAGGACCCUUCAUCGUCCUCUUGACUACUCCCACCGCCGUGAAAGUGGACGGCAUCUCCUCCUGGGUCCACGCUUCACAUCUGAAGAAGGCACCCCCGCCAGACCCGGAUUGGUGAGUAACUCGGACUGAUAACCCCCUUAAGCUUCGCUUGUGUAGAAAGAACCAUGCUAUUAGUGAUUCUGAUGCUCAUGUUCCUACUACUUCCAACCCUCCAGAACCCCAAUCCCCAUGAACCCAGGUUGUUGACAUGGCAAGUUUACUCUCAGACAGGAGAGGCAGUGUGGUCCGUUUCUAAAAUCGCCCCCCUUAAGACCUGGUGGCCGUCCCUGCACCCUGAUGUUUG